CUGCGGCACGGCGCCUGCGCACGGGCGGCGGUCACGUGGGGCGGAGGAAGAUGGCGGUGGUCGGGUCUGAAGCCCUGCAGCUGCUGUUGAAGGCUCCCUCAAAGGAUGUGGUGAGGCAAUUAUGUCAGGAAUGUUUUUCAUCUGCGGCCACUAAUUCACCUAGGUUGGUUGAUAACGCUGUCAACAGUUUAUCAGUGACUGCUGAGGAGGCACAACAGUUGAUCUCUUCCCUCCACUAUUUCACACGGCAAGUUGUGUUCCAAGGACUGACUUCAGCUGAAGAGGUUUUCCUACUCUUUCCCGAUAACUUCCAUCAAAACCUAAAAAAUCUGUUAACUAAAAUAAUUCUUGAAAAUGUAGCCAGCUGGAGGAAUGAGGCACUUGCAAAUCAAAUUUCCUUGCCCCGGCUCAUCGACAUGGAUUGGAGAGUGGAUAUCAAAACCUCCUCCGAUAACAUCAACAGAAUGGCGGUGCCUACGUGUUUACUCCAAAUGAAGAUUCAGGAUGAUGCCACAGUUUGCCGAGAUAAGCCCACAAUUUCCACCGUUUCUCUUGAACUAAGUAAAGAAAAACUGGACACGAUGUUGGACGGACUUGGUCGGAUCCGGGAUCAGCUUUCAGCUGUGGCAAAUAAAUAGUGUUUACCAGCUGUCUCAGUGCACAAGUAUCGGACACUUCUAAGAAAUCAUAUUUGGAUCAGAAGGAUUGUUCAUUGCCCUGUUUUGUUAUGUAAGGCUUUGAGUUGUUAACCUUUCAUUUUGCGCUAUCCGAUUUCAAUCAUCAAAGAUGUGAUUCCUGUAAAUUUCCCCCAAACUUUCUUUCCCUUGUAUUAAAUGUCUUUUUUUUGUAUCGUAAUACUUGUUUCUUUUGUGUAAAGUGAGCCUUGCGUUAAUAUUGCAAUUAAAAGCAAUACCAAAAUGUU